CCCGUCCCGUCCCGUCCUGUCCGGCCCCGUCCCGCCGCCCGCCCGCCAGCCAUGAGCUCCACGCAGUUCAACAAGGGCCCCUCGUACGGGCUGUCGGCCGAGGUCAAGAACCGGCUCCUGUCCAAAUAUGACCCCCAGAAGGAGGCAGAGCUCCGCACCUGGAUCGAGGGACUCACCGGCCUCUCCAUCGGCCCCGACUUCCAGAAGGGCCUGAAGGAUGGAACUAUCUUAUGCACACUCAUGAACAAGCUACAGCCGGGCUCCGUCCCCAAGAUCAACCGCUCCAUGCAGAACUGGCACCAGCUAGAAAACCUGUCCAACUUCAUCAAGGCCAUGGUCAGCUACGGCAUGAACCCUGUGGACCUGUUCGAGGCCAACGACCUGUUUGAGAGUGGGAACAUGACGCGGGUGCAGGUGUCUCUUCUCGCCCUGGCGGGGAAGGCCAAGACUAAGGGGCUGCAGAGCGGGGUGGACAUUGGCGUCAAGUACUCGGAGAAGCAGGAGCGGAAUUUCGACGACGCCACCAUGAAGGCUGGCCAGUGCGUCAUCGGGCUGCAGAUGGGCACCAACAAAUGCGCCAGCCAGUCGGGCAUGACCGCGUACGGCACGAGGAGGCAUCUCUAUGACCCCAAGAACCAUAUCCUGCCCCCCAUGGACCACUCGACCAUCAGCCUCCAGAUGGGCACGAACAAGUGCGCCAGCCAGGUGGGCAUGACGGCUCCCGGGACCCGGCGGCACAUCUAUGAUACCAAGCUGGGAACCGACAAGUGUGACAACUCCUCCAUGUCCCUGCAGAUGGGCUACACGCAGGGCGCCAACCAGAGCGGCCAGGUCUUCGGCCUGGGCCGGCAGAUAUAUGACCCCAAGUACUGCCCGCAAGGCACAGUGGCCGACGGGGCUCCCUCGGGCACCGGCGACUGCCCGGACCCGGGGGAGGUCCCUGAAUAUCCCCCUUACUACCAGGAGGAGGCCGGCUACUGAGGCUCCCAGCACGCUCUCUCCCCACAUCGUCUCCCCAUCUGGGUUUUUGGGUUUUUCUGUGUUUUCAUCUUUUUUUUUUUUUUUUUUUUCUUAACCCGUUCAGUGCUGCCAGUCAACCAAGGGUCUGUGAGUGUCAGCGUGGGAUCAGGUAGCAGAGCUUUUUUCCCCUUUGCCUUGAUCCUUCGCAAGACGGAGCCACUGGGCUGUGGGGGAAGGGGUCAAGGCCAUAUCCCAAUACGUGUAGGGCGAGGGUCCCUGCUGGCACAUUCAGGCUGUGCUGGGAAGAAGAGACCUGGGCUUGGAAGGAACCGGUCCCCGACGGUUUCUGGUUGCCUCGCCUCUUCCCCUUUUUGUCAGCUGAGCAGUUUGUGGUUUCUAUGCCCGCAAGUUUCAGGAAGUAUUCACAAAAGAAAAAUACAUUUUUUUCCCGAGGGGUGGGGCAGGGACAGUGGAGAGGGUGCUAGGAAA